AUGAUAUCAGCACAGCCAUCACCCAUCGCCCGCCAAGGUCUCCCACACUUUCUCUCCUACAGCACUCACACCAACACCUCUCCUUCUCCUCCGUCCUCCGUCACUUCAACCUCGUCUUCCGCGUCCGAUUCACCUAUCUCAUCACCAUCGAGCUCGCCUCGCACACUCUCACCAGAGCGACACUUGGGCACCAUCCUUUAUCGACUUUGCCCGAAUCCCCCCUAUACAGAUAACAUUGUCCUUGGCGAGUGGACAAGCGUCAAUCUAAAGAUCGUCAACGAGUUUAUCGCGUUACCGGACACCAAAGAUCUGGCGACCAGUCUCCAACUGAACACAAGUGAAUGUGUCCUGCCUCUGGAAUGCAGUAUCCUCCAAGGACUUGAUAUCAGCGAUGAUGAUGGUGAUGGCAACGACAGCAGCCACGGGAUCGACGGUGCGGUCUCGUGCAUCGGAAUGUCCAGCCUCUUGCAGAUCGAGAACCGCGAACUUCAGUCGAGAGGCUGGCAUGCCCUCUCCAGCCAGUCAGCAGGACCUGGGAUCUACGAAUCCGGCACGGGAGGGUUAGAGUUUCGAGUGACAUUCAAGAAUGGUGGUAGCACUACUUCUGGAAGACGGACAGGUCGAACGACAGCGAAAACGGCGACAACAGCUACAAGCAGUCGGGACGUAUUCUGGAUCCGCAUUGGUUCCCCACGCCAAGGCAUCGUCCCUCUUGCGCUUGGCCCAUAUGUUUUCCCCAGCAUGGUCCCCCGGCACAGGACUUGGUUGCAACAGCGGUCAAGACCGCGCUCACAGCCGUCGCUUUCCAAUGAGCACUUCAUCAAGGUCGUCCGGCCCUUUGACAUUCCGUCGCCUUACUCGAUCGUCGGGCCUCCUCGCACACUCUUGUUGACGGAAUGGCAUAACCAUAUGCCUCAAGGACGAGUCUGGGAUUCUGCGUUUGUCAUACUGGAAAUCUUCAAGAACAGGGUGGCUGAUGGAAUCCAUGAACGCUCGAAGCCUUUGUUUGCUGGAAAACGAAUCUUGGACUUGAGCGCUGGUACAGGACUCAUCGGACUCUAUUUGGCAGGGUUGGCAGAGGCCGAGUUGCGGAACAGCAAGAGUACCAGCCCAACACAGCGGACAAGCGUCGUGGUGACGGAUCUGCACGACGCGAUGGAUCUGAUCCGCCACAACAUCACCAACAACAGCACCGUCGCUCCUCAGGUGGACAUUAGCUCGCAGGUGUUGAAGUGGGGAGGGUCCUUGUCGGGUUCCAAGGAAAUGAGGGGUUUGGACAUGGUUAUCGCCUCGGACGUCAUCUAUGACGUGUUGGCCUUUGAGUCGUUGCUGAGCACGCUUGAGGGUCUUUGCACUCCCAAGCGUACGGAGAUCUACCUUGGUUAUAAACGCCGGCAGCUGAGCCAGGGGAAGGAGCGCGAGUUCUUCAACAGGAUCCGUUGUCGCUUCAACGUCGAAGAGACGACUCACGAGCUUGGAGUCAAGGUCUACCGGUUGACCCGCGGAUGA